UACUUAAUCGUUUAGGAUGGCAACAUCGGUUCGGAACUUGUGAUACGACCUCUUCCAGAACGUGUUAUCCAAGAUGUCGUCAAUAAAAAUAUCAGUCUAAUGAAUUCAAUAUUAUUACCAAAUCUAACGAACGCCUUGAUGAACGAUUUAAAUUAUACUAAUCAUCAUGUUGUUUAUAAAAAAUAUAGUAAACCAAUCGACGACGAGUAUAGCGAUUAUGCGUUAAUGGAGCCCGAUCAUAUUGCCAAAAAAUACAGAACGAAACGUUCAUUGUCGAAGAGAUCGAAACGAGAAGCUCCGUACGUUAUUUAUCCAGAAAUUCUUUGUAUCGUUGAUUACGAUGGAUACAGACUUCACGGAGGUGAUAAUGUCCAAAUAAAAAGGUACUUCGUAUCAUUUUGGAAUGGGGUUGAUUUGAGGUAUAAAUUAUUAAAAGGACCAAAAAUACGUAUCAGCAUUGCCGGUAUAAUAAUAUCGAGGGGUAGAGACGCAACGCCAUAUUUGGAAAGAAAUCGUGUUGGAAGGGACGCCAUUGAUUCGGCAGCUGCUCUUACCGACAUGGGAAAAUAUCUUUUUCGAGAAAGAAGACUUCCUGUAUAUGAUAUCGCCGUUGCAGUGACGAAAUUAGAUAUGUGCAGGAGGCAAUACGCGAAUGACGUGUGCAAUAGAGGAACCGCAGGACCGUUUUUUAUUGGAUUCGCGUAUGUUGGUGGUGCCUGUGUUGUUAACAAACGCUUAGAAAAGGUCAACUCUGUAGCCAUCAUUGAAGACACUGGUGGCUUCAGUGGUAUCAUCGUAGCGGCGCACGAAGUUGGUCACUUGUUAGGUGCAGUACACGAUGGUUCACCACCACCUAGUUAUCUUGGUGGACCUGGUGCUGAGAAAUGUCGUUGGGAGGAUGGUUAUAUCAUGAGCGAUCUUAGACAUACUGAAAAGGGAUUCAAAUGGUCCCACUGCAGUGUCUCGUCCUUCCAUCAUUUUCUAAAUGGCGACACUGCAACGUGUUUGUACAAUGCACCCCACGAAGACGAGGCCUUACCAAGAGUUUUACCAGGCAAAUUACUAUCGUUAGAUGCCCAGUGCCGUAAGGAUCGCGGUACCAGUGCCUGUUUCAAAGACGACAGAGUUUGUGCACAAUUAUUUUGCUUCGACGCUGGAUCCGGUUAUUGCGUUGCAUAUCGUCCAGCAGCUGAGGGUUCACCAUGCGGCGAUGGCCAGUACUGUCUCAAUGGUAAAUGCGUCGCCGAACAUGAAAAUAUAAUACCUGAUUAUACCCAAAAUAUACCAACUUAUGUACGUCGAGACGGUAGUUUCGGACCACCUGCGAACAACAGGCCGAUAUUUGCACAGUAUAAUAACACCGAUUACAGGUAUCCAUGGGAAGGAACAACAUUUACACCAUCAAAAUCGAAAUUUAAAUAUUCCCCAUACCUAACCCCAAAUUUAUUGACGUCAAGUAUUACAACAGCAACAACGACAACAACAACAAUAACAAACGUUAAACGUCAAUAUACACCUACAUCAACGGUAUACAAAUACACGUACACGACUGCCAAUAAUUUGCUUGCCAUUAAUGAUAAAAUUAAAAAUAAUAGUAAUUAUAAUAAUAACAACAACAACAACAACAACAACAAUUAUGGAAAAAUCAACAAUGGUGUUAAUCGAACAACUACGACUAGCAAGAAAAACAACAGAUAUAAUUUUAAUUUUCGUUACAACGUCAAUUCUACCCCAAAAGUUGUUAACAAUCCUAAUGACGUGAAUUAUCCGAAAAUUAUACCGUUCAAACGUAAGACCACGUCAACCGUGACGCCAUUUUCUCCGACGACAUUGGCACAUCUUCAAAAUGGCCUCCAAAAUGGCGAACAAAAUGGCGGUCGUGAAACAGAGGGCGAUGAGUGCAUGGACCUAGGGCCCGAUUGCUUGGAUCUGAUUGACAGGCUGGGAAUAUGGCUGUGCCAUUUGCAAUCCGUAAAGAGCCGUUGCUGUGCGUCCUUGAAGACUAUCUGCCCUUAAGGAAAAAAGAAAAAAGGAAAAAAGAAAAAAAAAAAAAUGAGAGAGAAAAGAAAGAAAAAGAGAAUACGAACAACUCCUUCGGAUAUCUUUGAGGUUAUCUAUAGAUAAAAAAAGAAAAAAAAAAAAAAAGAGAAAAAAAUAAAAAAGAAAAGAAAAA